AUGGAGCAUGCUUAUAAAAUAGGGGAAAAAAAUACUUGUGAAAUUGGCAUUCAAACUGAUAAGAUCAGUGUACAAAUUACUAAUGAGACCUGUGAAAUUGGCAUUCAAGUAUCUGAUAUUACGUCGCAUGCUCUUGAAAGUCAAGUUUAUUUACUUCGAUUACAGUUAAAUUCGAAAAUAAGCGAGAUAGAAGAUCUUAAAAAUCAAUUAGAGUAUGCAUACGAUUAUGUAAUCGAGAGUUGGGAAUACAUACUUCGUCAGUCUCAAAACUAUUUCAAUAUUCUUUUACCCAAUGAAAAAAUGAGUGUGUGA